CCCUAAUUCGCCUCCCCAUCCAUCCCGACAGUUGCGCAGGCGUGCGGCUGGCGGCGCGCCGCCGAGCAGGCGGGGCUUGUGGCGCCGGCCCGGCCGCGCGACUCGUGCCCUCGUGCUCGUGGUCGUGGGAUGUGGGGCGCCGCGCCGGGCGCAGGGCGGUAGGCGGCUGCGCCACUGAGGGCUGCCGGCACCUGGCCUGGCCGGCUGACCGGCUCAGCCGCGCAGGGCAGGACCGCAGAAGCAGGAGCAGGACAGCAACAGCAAGCCGCGCAGGACAGGAGCAGCACAACAGUGACAACACAAACUGAAACAUGAAGACGAAGAAGGGCCAGCUGUUGAUUUAAACUCUUUUUUGGAGAAACAAGAUGGGGCUUCAUUAAAAAAAAUUCAAUUUGCAAGCUAAGGACAAGGACAUCAUCGAUUAUUUUCAAAAUAUCAAGCGUCGAAAAGUUAAUCUCUAAAUUGGUUUUGCUUCAACCAUGGCGACCGCCGCCGCCGCCGCCGCCGUGUACCUUCCCGAGGUGGAUAGCCGCUUCGCCGACGCCGACGAGGAGGAGGAGGAGGAAGCGACGGUGAGGCCAGUCGAGGUGGCCGAGAGUAAGGAUCAGGAGGAGGUGGAGGAGGAGGAGGAUGAAGAGGAGUGGUCGGACUCCGACGUGGCCGAUGCGCUCGACUGGCUCGACGCCGCGGAGGGCCCCGACGGCUCCGGCCGGCCAGCGGCCGCCUUCACGGCGGCAGGAGGCGCCGCCGCGGCGCGGAGGCCGAACGCGCACGGCGGGGUGCUGUCCCGCCCGUUCCAGCCGAUCUCCAACCGCACGCAGAAGCUCGCCUCGCACAUCCGCGCCACACCCCUGGAGGAAUGGGAAGGUAGAAUGAACGUGGGGAUGUCAAAUUCAGUGACGACUGCGAUAAGGGACAGCAUAAGGGAGACGGCAAUUGGGAAAACAAGGAACACAGAGAAGGCUGAUCGUGCUACAGUAGAACAGGCUAUUGAUCCAAGAACACGCAUGGUUCUGUUCAAGAUGUUAAACCGGGGGGUUUUUAAUACCAUAAAUGGGUGCAUUUCUACAGGGAAAGAGGCAAAUGUCUAUCAUGCAUCAAAGGCUGAUGGCCAGGAGUUAGCGAUCAAAGUCUAUAAAACAUCUGUCCUUGUUUUUAAGGAUAGAGACCGAUAUGUCCAUGGAGAUUACCGCUUUAGACAUGGUUACUGCAAGCAUAAUCCUCGGAAAAUGGUGAAGACCUGGGCUGAAAAGGAAAUGAGAAAUCUUUUACGAGUUGGAGCAGCUGGAAUCCGAUGCCCAAAACCAUUGCUCCUGAGGCUUCAUGUACUGGUGAUGGAAUUUAUAGGAAAAGGAGGUUGGGCUGCUCCUCGUCUCAAGGAUGCUGCUUUAUCUGAUGAUAAGUUGCGUGAAAGUUAUUUUGAGUUAAUUACGACAAUGCGGACACUCUACCAAAAAUGCAAACUGGUCCAUGGUGAUCUGAGUGAAUACAACAUUCUUUAUUUCGAGGGACACUUGUAUAUCAUUGAUGUUUCGCAGUCCGUUGACCUUGAUCAUCCUUCAGCGUUGGAAUUCUUGAAGGAAGAUUGCUUGCAUGUUACUGACUUCUUUAAAAAACGUGGUGUUGCUGUCAUGUCAGUAACAGAACUAUUUAAUUUUGUGAUUGAUCAAAAUAUUGCUGAUGAAGAUGUUGAUCAUUACCUGGAAAAGAUUCAGCAAAAGAUGUUGGAAAAUGGAGAUAUGGUUGCAAACGACGAUGAAAUCACCCCAACAGUCUUGGUUCAGACGCUGGAUUAUGUGAAGCAAUGCGAAGCAGAUAUUGUCAACAUGUCAUUGAUGCAACGCCCAUCCUUCGCGAAUGAACCAACAGCGGAUAAGCUUUACAACCAACCAUUGCUAGGAUUUGUGCGGAAUAAAAACGAGCCUACCAAAAACCAGCAAGUACAAUCAGAAGAACCUUUGGAUCUGCAAAAUAAGUGCUCCUCGGAACAUAGUGAAUCUUGCACUAGUUCCGAUGAAGACGGUUCAUGGCAUGAGAUUUUGAAGGUGGGACCUGAGGAAAGGAAGGCUGCUCGGAAGGAAAACAAGAAGAAAGUAAAAGCAGAAAAGAGAGAAGCUCGCAAAGAUAAGAUCCCAAAGGCUGAGAAGAAGAAGAGGAAGAAAAUGGCAAAAGCCAAGUGCAAGCGGUAGUCAAUCUGUGUGUCGCACCAACAAUGGUCAAUAUCAUCAAAGCUAAAUUAGCUAUAAAAAUCUACUAAAGUUAUCAUAUACUUUUCAGUAGAUUACAAAUGUGAGAUGGCCUUUAUGAAUGUAAUGCAAUUGGAAGAUGAUUUUUAAAUUGAGUAUAAUCCCUUGCAGCAUGGAACUCUUGUGUACUGUU